UUUUGCAGCUCACACGGUUUCACGACCCAGAGCAACCCUGCCAAAGAUUUUUCCUCCUCGGUAUCCCUUUCACCAGUUGAAUUUUUGGAAGCAGUGGCUCAUCAAGAAACCGACAGAACGUGGUGGCAAACAGCUCUCCUCCUUGUGCUAGACUUCAAUUAUGGACGACACAGUGUCGCAAAGGUUAGUGUUUCUUGAACUCCCUGGUUCUACGCCACAAAGCAAUUGUGCUGUUGGGAGAUGACCCGACCCCUAAUUCAUAUCACCCCCAAAUAAUUCCCAACAAAGUAGCAACCUCAGUGCCCAAGUAGUUAAUAAGUUAUAAACAAAAUUCACGCCUGCCACCCAUUCUUGGCCAACUCCGCAAUGUCAUCUUGACCUUAAUUUGAAGGACCAUUGUCAUUCUCAUCGACAACCGUUGAUUGGUGGAUUGUCAUUUGUGAAGACUUGGAUUGUGCGAAGAAAGCAGGAUGAAGUGAGAGAGACAGUAAAAGUAUGGACUAGGAGUUGUAGGCGGAAGGCCGGUAGCUUUGCGACAGCGAACAGUAGGAGUUGCUAUAUGGUCACCAGAGUAGCACCAACGUGAGGCAAACGUAUAGCAAACUUGGAUGAGGACUGAGCUAAAUAAAGGAAAAUUAAAUUAAAUAGUCAAACAUCAACCUGUCGUCGUCUCGAUUUUUCAACCAACUCACGUUUUCCCCUUUAUCCCAAAUGCUAAUUGUCAUCAUGCCCCGUUUCAGACUACCUUUCUCCUUUUCCCCGUAGCUCACUCUCUUUCCCUGCAACAACUGCUGCUCGCUUUCUCUCCUCUCGUUCUCUCUUCCGUGAAUCCUUUCCCACUUUCACUCGAUCCUCCACAGCUCAACUGUCACGAAUCAGCAUCAGAGUUCCAUUUAGCCAACCACUUCACUCUAUGCUGAUUCAAAUCUGCCCACCUUUGUCCAACCGGAAUCGGAACAGUGCAAUGGUGAGCGUUUCAAGUGGAGCCACAACCAUCCUCACAUUAUUGGCCUACUUCUUCUGUCUUCCAAAAGGCUCUUUGCAAGGACCCAACGAGAGACGACUACUGCAUCAUUUGCUUGAUAAAUACAAUACGUUGGAACGACCAGUAGCGAACGAGUCGGAUCCACUUCAGCUCAGCUUCGGUUUAACUCUGAUGCAAAUAAUAGAUGUGGACGAGAAGAAUCAACUGCUAAUUACCAUGAUUUGGUUGAAGAUGGAGUGGCUAGAUACGAAUUUAAGCUGGAAUGAAAGUGAAUUUGGAAAUAUAAGCGAUCUUCGCAUCCCACCACAUCGAAUUUGGAAGCCUGAUGUUUUAAUGUACAAUAGUGCUGACGAAGGGUUUGAUGGAACCUAUGCAACAAAUGUAGUUGUAAAAAGUAAUGGAAGCUGCUCCUAUAUCCCUCCAGGAAUUUUUAAGAGCACUUGUAAAAUAGACAUCACUUGGUUCCCGUUCGAUGAACAAAAAUGCGAGAUGAAGUUCGGGAGCUGGACCUACGAUGGAUUUCAGUUGGACUUACAAUUACAAUCAGAAGAUGGAGGAGACAUUAGUAGCUUCAUUAAAAAUGGAGAAUGGGAGCUUAAAGGUGUUCCAGGAAAGAGAACAGCAAACUACUAUGCUUGUUGCCCGGAGCCAUAUGUUGAUAUUACAUUUGUGAUUCACAUACAAAGGCGAACACUAUACUAUUUCUUCAAUUUAAUUGUGCCAUGUGUAUUAAUAGCAUCCAUGGCGGUACUUGGGUUUACACUGCCUCCAGACUCGGGUGAAAAGCUUUCUUUAGGAGUCACCAUUCUCUUAUCUCUGACUGUGUUCCUUAACAUGGUGGCCGAAACGAUGCCUGCUACCAGUGAUGCAGUUCCGUUAUUGGGUACAUACUUCAAUUGUAUCAUGUUCAUGGUUGCAUCCUCGGUAGUCUCGACCAUCUUAAUAUUAAAUUAUCAUCACCGGUCGGCCGAUACACACGAAAUGUCCAAUUGGAUUCGUGUUGUAUUUUUACAAUGGCUGCCCUGGUUUCUGAGGAUGAGUCGACCGGGUGAUAAAAUAACUUUGAAAACGAUGGCUGCAACUGCCAAAAUGCGGGAUCAGAUUAGGGAGCUCGAAAUGAAAGAAAGAUCUUCCAAAAGUUUGUUAGCCAACGUCCUUGAUAUGGACGAUGACUUUAGACCAGCUACUUUACGAACGCCCCAUUCGACACCAGGAUGGCGAAUUGGUGGGUCUCACGAAGACCCAAUUGCAGCCACAGUGAGCCAUCACCCGUGUCUUGGGGCGCAUCGUGAACUUUCGCUCAUACUCAAAGAGCUAAGAUUAAUUACGGACAAGAUCCGGAAAGAUGAUGAAGCCGCGGAAAUAACAAACGAAUGGAAAUUUGCAGCAAUGGUGGUGGAUAGGCUGUGUCUUAUCGUCUUUACGUUGUUCACCAUUACCGCAACGAUAGCGGUUUUAGCUUCAGCUCCACAGCCGUUGCUGUCUUGAGAAAGUAAACAGAUCAACAACAUCCCUACAGAACCAUUUACCUACUUCUACAUGAUCUUCUACAUGCGAUGAUGAAGCUGACGAUGCCGAUGCUUUAAACACAUCACCCCUUUUCCAUGGGCCAACCAACAACACGUCACCACAACCAACAUCUCCCACGACUUGUAAGCAGGUUACGGAUGCUUUAGGCUCAAUCUAUCACACAGUAGAACCACCAUUCAAUGCUAUGAAGCUGGUCAUCGUAAUUACGCGAACAAUAAAUCCAUUUCCAUAACUAUAAAUUUCCAUGUGCGCCAGGAAUUCCUAGAAUUUGCCUACUCUACGAGAAUGAAGACAAGAGAAAGUCUCAUCAUCCCCAUAGAUUUACUUUGUCAAAAAAUCAGCCAGCCAGUCAAACAUAAUGUCUUAAAGAGGAUUCGCAUCAAGUACUUGAAUAGGACUGAUAAAAUUUUGCAGUGAAAGCAAGACAACGUGGGCAAGUGACAAUUUCCGACAACGUCAACCAUUUAGAGGACCCAUCAGCCAUUGCCUACCUAGCGACGUAUAUCUAUAUAAAAAAAACUCUCCGAUGAAUCUGUUUUAUUCUCUAUUGACACACAUUGCCAUGCGAAACCAUGCUCCUCUCCAGACUUGUUCAAGUGGUCGUCGGGCUCAAUUUUCUUAGCGCAGUCAGAACCAACGGAUCCUAAAAAGCAAAUCUAUAUAUAUUUUAAAAAGGAUUUCCCCCUUUUACACACACACACUGGCAAUCGUGGUGGUUGUAGAAGAAGAAGCUGGAUUGCCACUGACUAACUGAUGACCGACCGACCGACGGACGGACGUGCAGAAUAUAUCCAUUCUCCUCCUUUCUACUUUCUCCAGUUAGUAAAAUAAGUUGAAAAAGAAAGAUUAUGGCACAUGUACACGAGCUGCCUGCCGUUCACAGAGUAUCAAGAAAAUCAUCAUUCCGUUUUCAUGUUUAACUUCACGAUCCAAACCCAACGACCAGCAAGCCAAGUUUAUCCUCUGUCUUGAAAAUCCUUCACUUUUAUACUUCUUACUUUAUUUUCUACAACCAUUUCGGAAUAGUAAAAGUCAUGCGUCCCACAUUAUCACCACCACCACCACCACGAGAGCACUGCUACCACUACUUUCCUCCGGGAGACUUGCUCUUUUCUCCCUCCUUUCCACAAAAACCAAAAAGUUGUGAAAAGUAAAUAAGUAUGUAUAUACAAUGCUCGAAUAGAACGAGGUCAACUUGCCGACACUUUCGAGAAGAACAGAUGUGAAUUCAAUAGUUACAUUAUCCACUGGAUGAUAAGCGCAUGGAAAAGAAAAGCCCUGAAAUUUUCUCAACAUUAUUAGCUCAAUUGUUUCCGAGUGGUGGAUAUCUCAGCACCCACGAACACGUCCGUCAUCCUUGAAUGUCUUCAGAGUAUGUCCCAUCCCCGUGUAUGCAUCGCCCCUCGAAUUUCCUCUGCAAUUGAGCCACUCUAGUUUUUCUUUCCACUUAUAGAUUACCCGUCAAUGUAUCAUUCUGAAUUCUUUAUUUAUUCAACCACUUUAGAAUUGUAGCCAAUCAGCAAUUUGCGAAAAAAGUUUAGAUUUUGAAUAUGCGGAACCAGUGCGCAAGAAACUAAAUGACGUGAUCUUUCCAUCCACGUCAAACUACCUCGCCUCCAAGUCCAACAUGAUGCAAACCAAUAAAAUAAUAUAAAAAUGCUCUGCCAUUAGCCCUGUAAAGCAUCGAGUUAUAUUUUUGCAAGAAAGAGGAGAAACUCACCGGAACAGCGACAUCUGUUUGUAUCAUCUGCCCGACUUGAACCCAUCGAUCUUUUCGUGUACAAUCCAUAUCAUCCCAUCCAGUUUACCACCUCAUUAGAACUCAAAGUGUGUCCCGUACUCUGGUGUGUCCUGCCCUUUGAACAGUUUUAUGGCACUUUCACUUAAUGAGAUUCCGCUCCCACUUCGGUUAGGGUCCCUAUGAGAAUGAUAUUCGCACCUAUGCAGCCAUGUACGUCCGUCUGUGAUGAGAAUCAGAGAAAACCAUUCGCAAAGUGUGCACCACUCAACCUCACCUCUUCCACCUUUUUUUACCUCUAAUUCAACCGAAUCUUAUAUUUAUAUAUGAUAAAGUGAAAUUCACAUACGAAUAUUCAUACGAAAAGUGGAAGGAUCAAUGUGGAAUAUGUAGCAACCACACAGCAAAGAUUCAACGUUCAAUAUUUUCCUGACUUCAACUUUCACUCCAACUCACAUCUUCCCUUUCCCUCAACUUUCUUCGUCGCAUCCGAUUUUGCAUACUCUUCUUCCUGUACGUUACAAAAAUACUCCAGAAAGAACGUCUAUGUAUAGAUACGAACAAGAACAUCACCACAGCUUCUCACCUGCACCGCUAUUGUUCAUCAACUCAUCUCCAAGCGACUACAACAAUAAAAACAGUAGUUGAAAUUAUUAAUGUGCAUACACGCAUUCAGAUUUACUAACAGCCAACCAACAUAGUCACCUUUUUAGGGGUUACUCAAUACUACCUAUUAUACAAUAAAUCCCAAUAAAUAUGUACCCAAUAAACCACACGGAAUAUAAAAGACGUUAAGACGGACUCGGAGGGUAAAUUUCAUUUUUGAUACUUUAUGUCUCUAUGCAGUGAGGUGCAGUAAGGUGUCUUGGUGAUAAGCGAUUUUUUCCAAGAGUGCGGACGGAACUCACAACAACUGGAUUUUAUGGAACGACCAAUAUCUUUACUCGUGUGGAUAAUUCCAUUUCCAACCAGUUUGAAAAUUCUUCAAUGUUUCAUUCAAGAUGACGAUGAUCAACACGUUUUCUAAUUUCAAUCAGAUUCAAGACGUCAUUAUUCUGUCAGUUGCAAAAUGAAUGAUUCAGCAAUUAAUUUUUUUUACCUCGUAUCGUGCAUUAGUGAAAGUUGGAAAUAAUUCAAAGAAGUGGAAACGCUCUCACCUCAAGAUACACCUCAGCGUAGAGAUGCAGUCAAUAUUCAGUAUCAUCCACAAGCCACAAUUGACGAUGGUCCAGCAACGUGGUUUCUCAAGUCAACAUUCUUCAAAAAUUUCUUUGCAAUCAUGGAUCACCCACCUCAUGUGUUUGUACAAAGAAAAACGUCGUCGUUGAAUACUUAAUUAACUGUUGACGAUGAUUUUAUAACGAAGCAGCAAAUACGCCAAAAAUAAAUAGUAGUAAUAUACAUAGUAACGGUGAUGACAUGAAAUAAUAAUAAAAAAUAAUACUAAAAUAAUCAUAAAAUAUAACAAAUUACAAGUGACACGAGUAAGACGACUGAAUGUGAUUGCAAGGUUUUUUAAAAAUAAUAUGUGUGCUAAAAUCAUGUUAAACUUUCAAGUCCUAAAUACUACGUCUGUGUACUGUGUCAAGUCAAUUAGUUAAUUUAUACAUAUACAUUUAUAAAACUAAUAGAUUUGUUAGAUUGCAUUUAAUUUAGUUACUGACAUACUGAAGAAGACAGACAGACGUUGCUCAACAAAACGACAGGGACUGUUGGGAUAUAAUCCUCGAGAAAGUACACAAGUUCUCAAGGAAUAAUUGGCCCCAGAGAGGAAACGGGUUUUAAGGUCAUCAGCCAAUAAUGAAGAAGUUUAAAGGUUCCCAUACAAGUUUAUACCAAGUUUACUGCGAUUAAUAAAUGUACAUAUAAUUCAAGCCAGACAUCGUCGACUGAAUAAUUUGAUACGUUUCAUUCUGCCCCUAUGAGUGGUAUAUUGUUAUCGCGUAUGUAUGUAACUACUGCCCUGCUCUGUACCGUUUUAUAACGCAAAUCUGUUACAUACAUACCUGAAUUAUUUUAUAAACGUAAUUAAGUAUCAAGUUAAUAACGACAAUUAGAAUUUACAAAUUCAUAGGAGAACCGAUAAUACAACUUAUUUGUACACUCUUCGUCUCAUCUUGCUCAAUCGUCUGAUUAUAGUUUUUCUUCACCAGCCAACUCCUGCGCGAUGGACUGAACAUUUGUUAUUUAUUGUUACAUAUUUACUUAUCAUCUCAUUAAGACCAACGUUUCCUGGUAAUUUCAUAACCUAACACUUGGAUAAGUAAUUUUUCGCAUGUUCUUCCAGUCACGUAAGGUUAAGGGGAACUAUAGUUGGAGUUCAGUUUUGAUUACUCCGUAAGCCGCAUAUGCAUAUUAUAUACCUGUCUGUAAAUAGUUAGUGUCUGUGUCCAACUUUGCAUUGUCCAACCCCAAACCCUAAAAAGAUUGCAAAUCGUUAUCCAAUUACUGCCACGUCACAGGAACAUGUGUAGAAGGAUUAUUGUAACAAUGGAACUUUACAUCAGUUGUGUUCAUGUGCCAAAAUAUUUUCCAACCAAUUAGUCCAAAGUAGGGUGUCCAAUUAUUGAACAUGAGACAUGCGACAUAUUUACGUACGACAUCCGUACAAUACCUUAAUUUGCACUUUACUUAUGUAUAAUUUUGACCGAUAUGGGCUAUGACUGGCAGAGCGAGGAGGGAGUCACGCUUCAUAUUAACCACCUCAUAUUCGCAUAUCAAAGGAAAAUGGCAAGGCACCAGCAAGUGAGAGAUGGUGGACGAGACAGCUCAGGCAGACACAGUAUCCGAAUCGCAUAAUGCGACCGCAGGAUGUACAACUGGAGGAAAGCAUUAUGGAGAAAGCACCUUAAUUUCUCAAUUACUGUUUGUUUCUCACAUAUAUUGCUCACAUGCUUACGUUGGCUGACACAACUACUGUCACUUUAUAUGAAGUUAGACUGAAGCGCUGUUUGUAAAAUAUGUAGCGACAUGUAAGCCCAUAAUCUGAGACAUAAACAUCUGCUUUCACAGGACAUGACGAUAAAAAGUAGCAUAGAAAACUGUAGAAAUACAGUUACAUAUAUGCAGUCAAUCAUAUUUUAUGUAUGAGUUAUUCAUAUUAGUUUGUCAAGUGUAAGAACAUUUUACCCUCUCCCGUCAAAUUCUUCCAUGUGGCACGCUUCAUCCUUGAGUAUAUGUAGCUCUCUCAAAUUUAUUAUUUUGUUUAGAUAUGAAAAAUUCACCAAUUCAUCAAACGCAUAUUUAUGCUUACGAGGGUUUUUAUUAUAAUUUUUUUAUCGUACCAAAGAAGUCGUCCGCAAGGUUGGCUGGUGAAAGUAAGAUACAUACAACCUACUCCCAUUUAUAUAGUGAUACGGAAUAAGUUAAUAAGUUUAGGGUGCUAUAGUGACCACUUAGUCCUUACUCUCUGAACUCUGUGACGAAUUCAAGAAGAUAUAUAUAUACUAUAUAUUUCUUACAUCUGUGUCAGAAAUUCUGUCGCAUAUAAUUUACUAAAUCUAUGUAUUGUCAGGCGUCAAAAGUGCUUGGCAGAUCUUGGAAACCCAGUUGAAUAUUUUCACCCAAAAGUAUUUAAUAAUGUUUCGAUGGUUCUGUAAUCAAUUAGUGUAGCGUAAACAAAACGAAUAUUCGACAAAAAAAACCUUUGCCUCGAUGUGCUAAACUUUUUACACUAUUUCAAUUGUUGUAUUAUUCCUUUAGUAAGAAACCUUUUAGCUGUUUUCAGCCGGUCUGAAUUCCAGUCUUUUGUAAUGACUAUCUUCUUCCUUAUUCAUCAAUUUAAAUAUUUUAAGUGCGAUGUAAAUUUAUAAAAACUAAUUACUGUAUAGAGCAACCUCACUUUCAGUCAAUAGAAACCAACAUUUAAUGUUCAAAAGUUCUACUUUGAGCUAAUAAUCACGAGACAUUGUGAAGCUUUACGAAUGUAUGUACGACAAGAUCAGCUAAAUAAGAAGUAUGUAUCCAAUAGAUUAAGAUCAGCACGCUGGAGUCAGUCUCAAAGAAUCGACAAAAUUUUUGAUGAGUAUGACGGUGUUUGUACGUACGUAAAUUAGGUUUGUUUGUUGAGUUGACUCACUUUUCCCUUUUCCAUUUCUUGUCCCUUCUUGGUGUGAAAAGUAGCGGCUUCUGCAAUGAAAUGAAAUUUGCAUGAGGCUUGAAUGUGCUUAGCCAGAGUUAGUGAAUGCAACUUAUUGCAAAUAAUAUUAAUAAUAAUAUCAAACUCUACUGUCAAUAAUAGUCAUCUUAGCGGGUAAAUUAUCUAUACUUCUGAAAUUAUUGCACAACUUAAUCGAAAUAAGAAUUUUUUAUUCUAACGUACUCUUAAACUUUAAUUAUUUCAUACCAGUACUGGCGUAGACGAUGAUAACGAAACCUAGAAUUAAUACGCGGAUCAAGUAGAAAAAAAAACUUUGUAUUUCCAAGCAACUAUUGUGUUUUAAUAAUAAUGUAGUUGAGCUCUUUGAGUAUAUGUAAAUACGUAUGUUGUUGUCCUUGUUGUAUAAAAUCAUAAUGAAAUAUAUUGAGCCGCUCACCUUCAUGCACGGUGAUAUAGCGUAAUAAUAACUUUCGUGCAACCAUACAUUAAUUUAUUAUAUUGAAAAUAAUAAUAUUAAAAUAAGAUAAACCUAUAUGAAACCAAUACUUGAUCAAUUUCAAUUUUAAUCCUGUUUAAUAAAUCAAUGACAUUUUAUAUUACCGUU